AUGAAGUGGAAAGAACCACAAUCAACCUCUUUGAGAAGGGCUAAGAUAUCUAAAAGUAGAGUGACAUAUCCCCUCGAGUUACUCAAGACUCGAUUGACCAUUCAGAGAGGAGUUUACAAUGGUUUGCUCGAUGCGUUUAUAAAAAUACUAUGUGAAGGUGGGCCAGGAGAGCUUUAUCGAGGUUUGACUCCAAGUCUUAUUGGAGUAAUUCCGUAUGCUGCCACCAAUUACUGUGCAUAUGACACUCUAAGAAAGGCAUACCGGAAGAUUUUUAAACAAGAGAAGAUUGGCAACAUCGAAACACUUUUGAUUGGUUCUGCAGCUGGUGCUAUAUCUAGUAGCGCUACAUUCCCUCUUGAGGUGGCUCGUAAGCACAUGCAGGUUGGAGCUCUAAGUGGGCGACAAGUGUACAAGAACGUGCUUCAUGCUCUUGCCUGCAUACUUGAACAAGAAGGGAUUCAUGGUUUAUACAAAGGGCUCGGUCCAAGCUGUAUGAAGUUGGUGCCUGCUGCUGGGAUAUCUUUCAUGUGUUACGAGGCAUGCAAGAGGAUUUUGGUUGAGAAUGAAGAUAAUGCAUAG